GCUAUAGCCAUGAACACCACAUCCCCUGCAGCGGCCUCCUCAUCAGGAGUCAGUUUCAUCUCUCCGCUGGUCAUCAUUGUACUGUCAGUGGCACUGGCUGUAGGGCUUCCUGGCAACAGCUUUGUGGUGUGGAGCAUCCUGGCAAAGCUGCAGAAGCGCUCUGUCACUGCCCUGAUGGUGCUGCACUUGGCUCUGGCCGACUUGGCCGUGUUGCUCACUGCCCCCUUUUUCCUCCACUCUGUGGCCCAAGGCACCUGGAGUUUUGGAGUGUCCGGCUGCCGCCUGUUCCACUAUAUCUGUGGAGUCAGCAUGUAUGCCAGCGUCCUACUUAUCACGACCAUGAGUCUGGACCGCUCCCUGGCCGUGGCCCUCCCCUUUGUGUCCCAGAAGCUGCGCACCAAGGCAGUCGCCUGGCGGGUGCUGGCCGGCAUCUGGGUGGUGUCUGUUCUGCUGGCCACUCCCGUCGUCUUGUACCGCACGGUGCCCUUGGAACUGAACAAUAGGAGCCUGACCUGCUUCCUGAAGUACCCCAGCGAAAGACAUCGGGCCUUCCAUCUGUUCUUCGAGGUGAUCACCGGCUUCUUUCUGCCCUUCCUGGUCGUGGUGGCCAGCUACUGCGACAUUGGGCGCAGGUUGCGGGCCCGGCGCUUCCGCCGCAGCCGCCGCACCGGCCGCCUGGUGGCGCUCAUCAUUCUGGCCUUCGCCGCCUGUUGGCUGCCCUACCACAUGGUGAACCUGGCCGAGGGGAUCCGCGCGGCAGCGGGCAAGGCCCUGGGUUCCGGACCGGUGGGUGAGCGGCUGCUCCUGGCCCGCCGCGUGCUCAUCACGCUGGCCUUCCUGAGCAGCAGCGUGAACCCCCUGCUGUACGCGUGCGCCGGGGGCGGCCUGUUGCGCUCGGCCGGCGUGGGCUUCAUCGCCAAGCUGUUGGAGGGCACCGGCUCCGAGGCGUCCAGCAGCCGUCGCGGGGGCACCCUGGCCCAGACAGUGAGGGGCAUCCCCGCCUCUCCCGAGCCUGACCCCGCCGAGAGCCUCACUGCCUCCACCAACCCUCUCGAGUGA